UAUUGGUUAUGUUAUUUAUUUAUAUCUGCAAUCGAAAUUAAUGUUUAAUGAGAAACUCUAUUCAGACGACUAAUUUGCCAUAAAAAUGUCGCUGGCCAAAAUUACAAUAGUGCCUCCUAUCUAUCAAAGGAUUAUGACCAAGUUUCCUCAGAAUUUCACAUUUUGUUUUGCGUAUGGCUCGGGAGUGAAAAAGCAGUUAAAUAAUGAUGGAAAAGAGAAUAUGAUCGACUUGGUGUUUGCUGUUAAAGACCCAGUAACGUGGCAUCAGGCAAACUUACAAAUCAACCCUUCCCAUUACAGUGGACUGAAGUAUCUCGGGCAUGAACUAAUUGCUCGUUAUCAGAGGAACAUUGGUGCAAAAAUAUACUUUAAUACAUUGGUUAAUGUGGAUGAUUGUUUAGUAAAGUACGGUGUAGUGGCUAUUGAGGACAUUAUAACUGACUUGCUGGAAUGGUCUCAUUUGUAUUUAGCAGGGCGUUUGCAUAAACCAGUCGAAAUAAUAAAAAAACCGCUGGAUUCAGAGUUGCAGACUGCGCUGCAGUUAAACCUACAGUCAGCAGUGCAUGCCGCAUUGUUAACAUUGCCGGAAUCAUUUAGCGAAUAUGAAUUUUACCACACGAUUUCCAAUUUAAGUUACCUGGGCGAUUUCAGGAUGAUCUUCGGCGAAAAUAGGAACAAGGUCAACAACAUAGUUAAAGCGCAAAUGCCCAACUUCAGAAGUUUAUAUAAACCAUUCCUGCUGCAUCUGCAUGAUUAUAUUGACUUCCCCAUGAUUAAGGAUAAUAAUGUUCUCACCGACAAUCAUACAGACAUUCUUGUUUCCCCUGACCAUUCAAAGUAUUGCGCUCAAGACGUCAGCCCUUUAGCUCGACUACACCACUUAAAUCAAUUACCCAGAUGGCCCCAAAAGUUGCUAACACGGUACUGGAAUAAGGGAAAUUUUAGACAAGACACAGAGGAUGUGCUUCGAGCCAUUGCGUACGAUCCAGACUGUGGAACGAUUGUGAGUCAAAGAAUCAAUGAAAUUGUAUGGAAAUCGUCAGUCAGUCAGAGCCUGAAAUGCAUUUUGACUGCGGGGAUUGUUAAAAGCGUCAAAUACAGUAGCAAGAAAAUCAAGAAAAUGGUGUUUUAGUUAAGGGAAGCUAUUUCAGUUGCAGCUUAGCUAACAGUUUGUUUUACUAUGUACAUAUUUAUGUGAGUUUAGGAAUAAAGCACCCAGGGUUUCAA